AUGAUGCGCUCCGUGAUCCCUCUUGUCGUCUCGCUUGCUUCGCUUGCCGCGGCCAUCGACAUUACCAGUCCCGCUGCCAACUCCACCUACGCAGCCGGAUCCACCGUCAAUGUCGAGUGGACCAGCGUCGAUACCGACCCCACCAACUUCAGCCUUUAUCUCUGGAACUUUGUGUCCUGGCCUCCAUCUUAUGUUCCCUUGGCUUUGGACGUUCCCACCUCGGACCUGUCUUACUCUGUCCAAAUCCCCUGCGACACCAACCCCGAUUGGGGCUACCAGAUCAGCGGCAUCAACGGCACCAACGUCUACAUCAUCUACGCGCAGGGAGACAAGUUCACCGUCUCCGAUGCCGCUAGUGGCUGUGUGGACACUGCUUCGUCAGCCACCUCCACCUGCCCCAGCGCUGCGGCGUCUACCGUUUAUGUCACGGUGAGCCCUACCGGUCCCAGCUCUCGUCCUUUCCAUCACCAUCCUCAUCACUCCCACGUCCUUCCUUCUCCGUCACCCAGCACUGCCAGCACCUUGAGCUCUGGAUAUGUUAAGCCCGGAAUUGUGCCUAAGACUAUUGGUUGGUGUUCAGACUAUUCCCACCCUGUAACCUUGGACAAGGUUCCCACCCCGACUCCCUCGUCCGACUCUUCGCCGGUGGUCACUGCGGGACCAAGCCAGAUCACGGAUUCUCCUGGCCCUCGAACAACGACUGUCACCAAUAUUGUGAGCGUGUUGGCUUGCCCCAAGGAAGAUGCGAUUUGA